UUGUUUAUUUAUUUUUUUGCCCUUUCCGGUGCCUUUAAAUGAAGAAAGAGGAAACAGAGCGGGAACGCGUUCACCUCCACUCUUCCUCUUCUUAAAGUGCCCUCUCUCUCCAUUCUCUCUCGCCCUUCUCCUCUCUUCUCUCUGUUCUUGAGAUCUGUGUUUCUGAUUUCGAACCGUACUUUGGUUAAGCUUCGUGCAGGAACCAGAGGUUUGGUAAUUGAAGUAAUGGCUCCACCUAUUGAGACUCCAAACAAAGCUCUUAACUCUCAUCAACACUCACACCCACCUCUUAAUGAAAGGAUUCUUUCAUCCAUGACCCGGAGGGCUGUUGCUGCACACCCCUGGCAUGAUCUUGAGAUAGGACCUGGAGCUCCAACAAUUUUCAACUGUGUGGUUGAAAUAGGGAAAGGGAGCAAGGUGAAAUAUGAACUUGACAAGAAAACUGGACUGAUCAAGGUUGACCGUGUGCUGUACUCUUCAGUCGUGUACCCCCACAACUAUGGCUUUAUCCCACGUACUCUCUGUGAGGACAAUGACCCCAUGGAUGUCUUGGUUAUCAUGCAGGAACCAGUUCUUCCAGGAUGCUUUCUCCGGGCUAAAGCUAUUGGUCUCAUGCCUAUGAUUGAUCAGGGAGAGAAAGAUGACAAGAUAAUUGCAGUUUGUGCUGAUGAUCCUGAGUACCGACACUACACUGAUAUCAAUGAGCUCCCUCCGCACCGUUUGGCUGAGAUCCGCCGUUUCUUUGAAGAUUACAAGAAAAAUGAAAACAAGGAAGUUGCAGUUAACGACUUUCUGCCAUCUUCUAGUGCUUAUGAGGCAAUCCAGCAUUCCAUGAAUCUCUAUGCGGACUACAUAGUGGAGAGCCUGAGGCGGUAGUCUGUUCAUUCUACACAUGAUAGAUCUGAAAGAGUGCCAACCUUUUAUAUGGGAAGCUGUUGUUUUAUAACUAUCGUUCAUCCUUAUAAGAAACCUCUAUACCUUUGCUGCAUAUGCUCACAUUGGCUUGUGGAGUGUGUGCUUAGACCUACUUUUGUAAUGAAUGGUUCUGAUAUUGCAUAUGGCACCUUUUGGAUGAUUUUCACUGUAACACAUUUGGGAAGGGAAGAAAAUUCUGUUGUUAGUUUAAGUUGCUAGAGUGUGUUGAUAUUUGUGAUGAUUUUUUGAUUUGUUGUGUCUUGUUAUCACCAUACCUGUAAGAUUCCUUUGCAAGGAGUGAAUUGGAUUAUCAUUCUCAACCUA